AUGUCGGGCAACACCCCGGACAACUCACUGCACAAACCCUUUGCAGCGGAACAACUGCCCUCUGUCAACCCCAUAAACUCGCCCUCCGUCAACUCCUUAAACUCGCCCCUCGUCUCUCUUCCACCCAACAUCCUCAAGCUUGUCACCUUCUAUUUGAUCGAUCCUCUCGACCUGCUCCGGCUCUCAUACACCUGCCAUGAGCUACUCUCGCUCAUUACCCCUGCCGACUGGUAUUCCCUGGCUACUUACACCUAUACCAACUGGGUCCAAUCUUGUGGUGGCCCUAACGCAAGAGAUUGGAAGACGAUGGUCCUCAGGGACGCUGCCUUAGGGGUCCGUCUUGGAGCUACUCUCCCUCUCCCUGACGUUACUUCGUCCAUGUCGUCCCCAAUUUCUUCCGCCCUAACGACUGUCUCUUCCCACUCGACGUCUGCUAUGUCUCUUCCAAUCUCAGGGACCUCGCCUACUACAACAACUGACGUCAUCCCAUCAAAGCCUUCGCCACAUCCCUCACCGUUACCCGCCGACUCUGAAUGGCCGCAAUGGACGACCGGUGCCUCCCCCCACCUGCCUUCCUCCUUGGACGAGUUUAACCGUCGCCGCCCUCUCAGAGUCAAACUUUCCGAGGCACAGUUCUUCAAGACUGACUUAGAGACCCAAGAUUCCCCUGGUGCCCCGUGGGUACGCAUGGGAUCCCCAAUAUACGACAUUGAUCGAGACUCUCACACUGCCAUUGCCGCCUCGAUGAUCACCCGUCCAAAGUCCGUUCUCUCUCAGAGCAACGGUAGCGGUCCUCGCCCUCAUGAUCAUGGGAUCCUGUUCUACAAUUUUCCCGAUCUGACGAACCCUAUUGCUCGUUGCGGCAGUGAUGUGUGGGAGAAGGACAUAAAGACCGGCACCCAGGCACAACCUUGGUACCAUCCCUUCACCCGCGACAUGAUGCAAGUUGCACAAGUGGUCGAGAUCAAGCACUACCCCGAGGAUACCGUUGGGGGCAUGCGUGUCGUCGUUGUCAUCGCUUUCGGACAGCGUGCUCGUCCUUGGGUCAAUAACGCUACCAACUCCCACAUCCUUGGCGUUUGGCUGAUGCUCAAGGCUAUCGAGGUGAGGGUACCAGUGGCACCCAUGACCCGUCUGUCCAACUGGAUGAUGAAUCAUUUCCGAUCAUCGUCAGGUCUUGAACCCAAGGUGGCUAGGGAGUGUUUUCGGAUCAACCCUGACAGUGUUAUCAAGUACGAGAGUAUAGAUCCUCACCUGGGCGCGAUCACAAUGUACGGACGCAUCGUCAAGCUUUACUCUGCGUUCGAACCUCGUCCACUUCCAACGGCGACUACUGAAGAUGGUCAGCCAUCAACAACUAUGGACAUGGAUACUGGGAGGAUGGUUGAUUGCAUCACCAUUUUUAGCAUCCAGAACUCGGAAAUGGCAUCGGCGAUGAUUCUCAAGAAGGUCCUUUUCUGUGAUGACGACGCAUCGGACCUAGGCAGGAAAACCUGCUCGAACAAGGCUCUGAGUCGCGGAGUGAGCUGCAUGACGUUGUUUCCGGAUCACAGUGGAUACGGGCACUAUCUUGUCUUGAUCAACCAGCACGGAAGAGGCAUGGUGUGGGAUUGGGUUCACGAGAAGCAGAUCACGCAACUCCACAUGCCCAUCGAUAAGAGCAAGAGCACUGGAGACCGGAGAGUUAACGAUGAACCAGCGAACAUCGGAGUCGUUACUGGCAGUGCCUUAGCGACGGCUGGAAACCCGGCGGGCGAUGCUAUCGUGGACGGGGCUCCUUCUCGUCGCCGCAGAGUGUACUAUUGGGGCGUGCAGGUCAGCGCAGCCCUAGAGGUCUCUUUCCCGGAGGAUUUGAACAAUGUUGACAACAGCAACGGCACUUUCAGGAUUGUCACGAUGGCGGAUGGCUCUGACGAUGAGUGGGAGUCAUGUUGGUGGAACAUCACCAUCGACGAGUUACAGCAACCAAUGGCAUCGCUGCCAGCGCCACCGAUCAUCGAUGGGAUCAAGUCAGGAUCGAAAUCAAAUGCGACCAACGCGCCCAAGCCCCCUUUGAUUUCGAGCGUCAAGCGUUUUGAGCGCAAGACCUACGGCGUUUGUAUCCCCGAGCAACAAAAGACACAUUCGGCCGAAAACAACAAACCUAUCCAUUUCAUUUCCUACGUUAUUUGGAAUCACUACAGGAUCAGUUUGUCGUCGCAAAUGGGUAUUUGCAUGAUGGAUUUGGAAGAGCCCGAGUCUCAUCUUGUUGCCGAUGGACAGUGGAUCACAUUCCUGAAGGACCGUGAGGAUCUGAUCGACAUUGCCGUCUUUGGCCACAAUCUCAUCGUUACUCUCAAGACUGGCCAUCUCGUCUGGUCGUUCUACGGACAAGACAGGACACCGUUCGUGUCCAAGGAAGGACUCGGUCUCCGCAUGCACAAGGGACAUAGUUCGGAGAGCGAUAGUAUGAAUAUUUAA